AUGAUUGAUAUUUUUAGCGAUGACGGGACGGCGGACGAUGGACGACGGAUGCGCGGGACGGCGCGCGCGCGCUCGCCCGUGGAUGCGCGCAUGUUUGAUGAGACGUACGACGGCGUCGAGGAGGACGGGCGAGAGGACGGUGACGGUGGGGGGGGGUGCGAGGCGCGGCGACUUCGGAUGCGGAGCUUUGAGAACACGCUCGCGACGCUGUGCGAGGGAUUCGUGGACGAGUGCGAGCGGGUCCGACGAUGGGAAGUCAUGCGCGAUCGAGGAGUGAUAGUGGUUGAUCGAGAGAGGAUGCGCGUCGAUGCAGAUGCCACGGGGCCGGUGAACGCGUCCGCGCGAGAACGGUGCAAGAAGACGAGCGCGGCGCGAGACGAGACGCUAAGGGUGACUCUGAAGACGAGCGAGGAAAAGCUGGACGAUGGAUUUCGAUGGCGAAAAUAUGGAAAUAAAAUGCUAAGCGGUCAGCCGCACCCGCGGGCGUAUUACAAGUGUACGAGCGGAUGCGGAAAGGGAUUCUUGCAAAAGCACGUAGAAAGAAUCGCGAGCAAAGGAAGAGAGAAGCACCUCUUCUUGGUGACGUAUUACGGUCGCUCUCCAGGUUGCGAACAAACGGAGGAACUCUUGGAGGAGUUGUACGAAAACUUUCGCGCGCGCGCGCGAUCCGGAGGCGAAAAUUUGGUCGACUCGGUACAGAUGACGCGACGCAAGUGCUGA